AUGUGUAUUUAUUGCAUACCGGCCUGUGUACCCUGUGAAGUAAACCUGUUUCAGAUUGUGGCUGGUGCCCUCAUUCAAGGAAGGAUUAUGCCCAGUGCACAGGCGGCCAAGACGACAGAUUCCAAAGGCACCUACACCACUUUCAAUAAGAGGAACGUGAAAAAUGAGAGACAGAAAGUGGCUGGAAGUCGCAAAUUGAAGCAAGAGGUGCAGACAAUUAUCGAUAUUAUGGGCCCUCCACUGUGUUCAAAUUUUAACUACAACACAAGCAGUGAGGCCGACAACGAGGAGUCAGUUUUUUCCAACUCCAAACUUUCUUCGUCAGAAAACACGGAUUGGUCAGCAAAAAAUAAAGACAAUCUUUCCAUAGCCGUCGACUUAAAUAGUUCAACAUCGGCUAUAUUGGACGAACUGACCGAUUCACAAGCAAACUUUCCAUAUGUAGAAAGUGUAUACUCAAAUACUCAGUACAUUUGCCCACCACCGUCGAACCCCGCCAACAUUUGCAUUAAUUCUGAAUGCUUCUGUCCCCAAGUAGCCAGCCUACUACAUGGGAGAAAAAAUCAUAACGGGAUUCAUGCAAGUUGCAAACAUGAACUAGCCACACCGAAAUGUGGCAAUCUAGAACCUAAUGAUGAUAGAUCACUUGAAUUGAAUAAGGACUCCAAAAACGUGGUUAUCAACUGGUUAAAAGCGAUGAUUUUAUCUUCGAAGGAGCUAAACGAUGCUAAUUGUGCAGAAUACUACAGAAUGAACGUGACGAAGCAACGAGGCAAUAAUAAUAGCCGUCCCAGGCGUGCUGUGUUCGAGCUAGUAAAAAAUGCGCCGUUUAAAAAUGUGCAAGAUUGUGGAAUAAGCAAUCCCGAUGAUGUAAUAGUGUCAAAAAGCAAGAAAAACUGUAAGAACCAAAGAAUGCAAACAAGGGUAGAGCUUCGACCCACCAAUUUAAGACCAGUUAGUCAAACGCCCAGAAAACCGAUUGAGAAAACGACGCACUGCGAUUCGAGUGGAAAAACAAGAGUUGAUUUAUACUAUUUUGAUAACGGGUCCUACAA